AUGGACGCCUUUAUGGAGUUCGAGCGAGAGAUGGCACUCAAGCGUCGAAAGGAGAACCCUGAGCGAUUCGUGCCGGUAGGUCCCUUGACUCCGCCCGUAAAGCCCAAAGACGACGAGUGCUGCCACUUGGAUUGCCCCAACUGCGUGCUCCUAGUCUACCAGGAGAAGCUUUUGGAGUAUGAGCUCAGCCUACAGAGCCAGAACCAAAGAGAAAAGCCAAAAGCGCCAGCGCCAAAGUACGACUUGUCAUUUUACUCGAGCAAGGGCGACGAAGAGCUAUCAGACGCACGGCGGAAAGUGCUGGCAGAAGCCGAUCGAGCAUUGUUUGAGGUCGCUGCGAACGACGUGAUCAGUGCGCCACACCAAACAACGGACGGAGCGUGGCGUUCAGUACGCCAUAUCGACCUCUGUAUUCGUGCAGACCAACAGGAGCUCGUAAGCGAGCAGGCGUCCAAUAUCGGCGUGUAUGUUCCUAACGAUCUCCCAGCUGUGGAGCGAAUGCUGGUGCAUUUGCACGUAGAGGACCCCGACCAGCAAGGGUAUCCGCAGCGUCCUUUUUCUCAAGCUGGAACUGUGCGCGAUGCAUUAACGUGGACAUUCGACCUGGUCUCGACUCCACGCCCCAGCUUUUUACGCAGCCUCGCUGCGUACGCUUCCGAUGAAAACGAUAUCGCAGCACUAUUGGCGCCUCAAACAGCAGAAGCCAUCCAGUCUGAAAGGCCCCAACAGCACGCGACCAUCGCCGACAUUUUUGAUCGCUUCCCCUCGGUGCGCCUGAGCUUCGCCGAGUUUUUCCAGAUCGCACCGUCCAAUGCGCCGCGAUACUACACAGUCUCCUCGUCGCGGCAGUUUGUGCCUGAUACCGUCUCGAUCACGCUUGGUCUCCGCAAGGCGGACGCGCUGCCACUCCCACGCUGUUCCAGCUAUCUCGCGAUGCUGAAGCCGGGCGACUGCAUUCGUGCGUCGUUCUACCAGUCUUCGUUCGUGUUCCCGUUCCACGACCAUCGGCCUAUCAUGCUCAUCAGCGCCGGCACUGGGAUCGCGCCAUUCCGCGCGUUUUUGCAGGACCUCGAGCAUGAAGACGGCACUUCACCACACCAGCACCGACCAGCAUAUCUGUUCUACGGCUGCCGAGAAAAGAGCGUGGACUUCCUCUACGCGGAGGAGCUUCAGCGCGCUCGGGACUCAGGCGUGCUGAACCAGCUGCAUGUGGAGUUUUCGGGCGACAACGGGAAGCCGAAGCGGGUACGUUGUGUAGCAGAACUUGCAGCGAGCUCGUGGCGCGGCACCUGCUUGCGUACGAAGGCUACAUCUACGUGUGCGGGAGUCUAG